GAUGGACACUUGUAGAGUCGCAGAUGCUGAACCCAGUUCUUCCGCAAGCCAUUUAAUUUAGACACAGCCUUUACACGAAUGGAAAGUUUUGAGUUGCUUAUUGCUCUUUUAACUGACGAAAUCUGAUAAUGAACUUAGAACCUCCAAUUUUUUGUGGCAUUUUUUGAGAAGACGGCAAGAAAUCUACAGGUUACAGGCAAGAACACAGAAUUCAUCAGGCAACAGAGCUAUGUACUUGGACAACAAAGAUGACAGUGCCAUGUCUAGAAAAGUAGAUAUGGAGCUGACCCAGGCCCCUAUCCCACACCACGUGGACUUGCUCGGAGGUGUAGCAGCAGAACCGAUUCCCAACAAUUUCAGUGAGCUGGAGCUGUUGAAGGAGAUGAUGGCUGUUCAGGGAGAACCACACAAGCCCUACCCAAGCAGUGCUCCAGAACAGGAAUGUUGCAUUACCCUGGGGAAAGAUUUCAGCCCACUCUCUAUGCAGGGAAGGUAUCACUUCUCUUUGCCCAAAUUCUUCAGCACAAGAUCCAAAGAUAGAUGCUUUACGGAGAGGACGCCUCUGCUGAAAGUUUCCCCUGAAGAAAAUGGGUUAAGAUGCAUGGCUAUUCAUAACACAGAUUUCACCACAGAUGAUGACUCUUGGGAAAACAGCUCUGCUGAGUUUGAGCGAAGGUCCCAUCUGGGAAGUGAAAUGCCCAGCUUGUCCAGAUCUGCUUCCUCCUCAGAGAAAUGUGAAAUGUUGGACAACUUCCAUGUCAAAUUCAAUUUAACCAAGAUGAGAUGCUGUUUAAGAUUCCUAAAAGUUUCUGGGCUUUUCAUCUUUGUAGUUGUAUGCUCUAUUUUAUUUAGCAUUCACCCUGAAAAUGGAACACCUUGGCAGAUGCUGGCUGUGUCACCUAUGGACGUCUACACUAUGAACUUCAGCAAUAUUCGAGAUUCUGCCCUUCUAAAGGUAGAACUGGCAGGGCCCUUUGUGGCAGAUGUGGCUGGUCGGCAACCAGAGGACUACGUUGUAGUUCAGAUUGGACAGGCAGAAGACUCUGGUCCAAGAAGGAGACGUCAGCAGCAGAUCUUAUAUAAUUGGACCCUGCCUUUAAAUCUGAGAAAUAACAAACAAGUUAUUGUGUCGCGAACUUUUGAGAUGUUAAGCAGUAAAGAAACAUCCAUAAGUAUUCAAGCUUUUCUCCAGGAAUUGGAAAUCGUUCCUCUUUCCAUGACUCAUCAAUAUCUUCAUGCAAAUGUAGAGACUCAAGUCACAAUUGCUUCAGUCAUUUUAGCAGGUGUUUAUGUGCUCAUCAUAUUUGAGAUUGUUCACAGGACAUUAGCGGCGAUGCUGGGCUCCCUGGCUGCCUUAGCUGCCCUUGCUGUGAUCGGUGAUAAGCCGAGCCUGGUCAAAGUAGUGGCAUGGAUUGAUUAUGAAACUCUGGCGCUUUUGUUCGGAAUGAUGCUUUUAGUUGCCAUCUUUUCUGAAACUGGAUUUUUUGAUUAUUGUGCAGUAAAGGCUUACAGACUCUCUCGAGGCAAAGUGUGGGCCAUGAUUAUCAUUCUCUGUCUUAUUGCUGCGAUUCUCUCAGCCUUCUUGGACAACGUUACUACAAUGCUCCUCUUUACCCCAGUCACCAUAAGGUUAUGUGAGGUGCUUAACCUAGAUCCCAGGCAUGUCCUGAUUGCGGAAGUAAUCUUCACAAACAUUGGAGGGGCCUCUACAGCUAUUGGGGACCCACCCAAUGUGAUUAUUGUUUCAAAGCAGGAGCUCAGGAACGAGGGAGUGGACUUUGCAGCAUUUACAGGGCACAUGUUUGUUGGGAUUUGCCUCGUGCUUCUUGUCUCCAUUCCCUUCCUAAGACUUCUCUACUGGAACAAAAAGCUAUACAACAAAGAGCCAAGUGACAUUGUUGAGCUGAAACAUGAAAUCCACGUUUGGAGACUGACAGCACAGAGGAUCAACCCUGCCAGCAGAGAAGAAACAGCUGUAAAGUGCCUCCUAAUGCAAAAAGUUCUCACUCUGGAGAUUUUGCUGAGGAAAAUGCUGAAAACAUUCCACAGACAAAUCUCACAAGAAGAUAAAAAUUGGGAGACAAAUAUCCAGGAGCUCCAAAAAAAGCACAGAAUAACAGACAAGGUGCUUCUCAUCAAAUGCCUGACUGUUUUGGGAGUUGUUAUCCUCAUGUUCUUUCUCAAUUCGUUUGUUCCAGGGAUUCACCUGGAUCUUGGGUGGAUUGCUAUGCUGGGAGCAAUAUGGCUUCUCGUGUUAGCCAACAUUCAGGAUUUUGAGAUGAUUCUGAGUAGAGUGGAAUGGGCAACACUCCUUUUCUUUGCAGCACUGUUUGUUUUAAUGGAGGCUUUGGCUCACCUUCAUUUAAUAGAAUACAUUGGAGAACAGACAGCUUUAUUAAUAAAGGUGGUGCCUGAAGACCAACGCUUGACAGUUGCCAUCAUUUUAGUACUCUGGGUCUCUGCCCUGGCAUCAUCCCUCAUUGAUAAUAUUCCAUUCACUGCUGCAAUGAUUCCUGUACUUCUCAACCUCAGUCAGGAUCCUGAUGUUAACCUACCUGUGAAGCCCCUAAUUUUUUCACUGGCUAUGGGUGCCUGUCUUGGAGGUAAUGGGACAUUGAUCGGAGCAUCUGCAAAUGUUGUUUGUGCAGGAAUUGCAGAGCAGCAUGGCUAUGGCUUCUCUUUCAUGGAAUUUUUCAGGUUGGGUUUUCCCAUGAUGAUUAUGAGCUGCAUCAUUGGAAUGUGCUAUCUCCUUGUUGCUCACGUUGUAUUGGGUUGGACCUAAGAAUGUGUAUAUAUAUACUGAAG